AUGGAGCUGGCUCAGAUUCCAUUUGCCAUCCGGGACUUCUUCUUCUCAUAUGGACUGCUGGGAAAAAUCGCUCUCUAUGUGCCGCUUCUGACGAGCAUUGUCGGGGCCAGUCUCUCCCUUAUUGCGCCCCCGUACGUUCAGUUCCUUUCAGGAAUUCUCGACGAGCUUCUCGAGGAGCCAUUGCUGCGGAACGCCCUCAAUCUCCUUCUUGCGGCUAUCGAGCUUCCCCUUUUUGCCGCUCUCUUCUUCAUCUGCGGUGUCACGAAGCUGAUCCGCGCCGCCGUCCGGCCGCUCGUUCCGUCAAUGACGAGAUUCGCUUUCCCCUAUCAUGGAGGGAAUGCGCUGGGAGCACAUCUACAAACAGGGCCACUGAAGUUCAAGUUGGAUACUAUCGCUUGGUGCUUGAUCACUGACGUCAUCAUGGUCUGCUUCUUCAUCCUCUUUUGGAGGUCUUUUGGGCCGCUUUGGCUCCUUUACCAGCUUUCUAGUAGUCUCUCGGUCUUCGUCCUCCUGAGAAUGGGGUCCAUGGUCGAGGAUUUCGUCUUCACCGACUCUGAGGCGAGAUGCGGCAGCGGAUGA